AUGAGUUGCCUAAAAGAUGUUCCGACACUCAGAGGUGACAAUCACACUGAGUGGAGGAAGAGAGUUGACCUGGCAUUUGUCCUUGCUGACCUGGACUGGGUUGUGGAUGAACCACAGCCGGUCAGACCUACAGAGCUAGUAAGAGAGGCCACUGAUGAUGAUGUUGCGUGGGCUAAAAAGAGGGGGGAUUAUGCUCCUUUGGAGAUGUCAUACAUCAUGGAAAACCAAAAGUGGGUCAAUGCAAACAAAAAGUGCAUGGCAUUUAUAAAGAAUACAAUUGUGAGCACCAUUGUGGGCUCCAUUGCAGAGUGCACUUCCGCAGGGGAGUUGCUUACAAAGAUAAAGAGCCAGUUCACUGGCUCUUCAAAGAUAUAUGCCACCCAGGUGUUAGAGCAACUGGUGACAGAACGCUACACAGGUGGUAGUCAUGGAAUAAGAGAGCACAUCCUCAGGAUGAGCAAUAUGACAGCAAAGCUAAAGCCCAUGGAUGAGGAUCUGGAGAUCAAACCAAAGCUCCUGGUCCACCUGGUCAUGGCUUCACUGCCAAAGGAGUUUGAAACUUUUGUUGUAAACUACAAUAUGUCACCUGGAACAUGGGACAUUGAAAAGAGAAUAGCAAUGUGUGUCCAAGAAGAGGACAAACUCAAAGCCUCACAUGGUGGUUCACUCAACUAUGUGAAGGGUCACAAGAAAAAGAAUUACAAUCAAAACAACAAAAGUUCUCCUUCAAAGUCACAAGGAAAAGCUCCCUAUCAGCAUCAGCGUCAGCAAUAG